AUGACGGCGCAUGUCCUCUCACUACAUAUCGCGGAGUUUGGCAACCAUAGCCUCGAUCCACUCGCCCGACACCUGCCUUUCGGAAUGGAGGGCAUCAUGGAGCCCGAAGCUGAUUCUCCGAUCAAAGACGACGGCCGGGGGCGACGGAGAACGAGGGACGACGAGCGCGGAGAUGAUAGCUCCGACAAUGGAAGCGAUGGGCAAGAAGGCGCAACGGGGUCUUCGAGGAAGCGGAGGAGGAGCAGAAAAGGCUUGGAUAAGAAGUUUGAGUGUCCUCACCCGGAUUGUGGCAAGAGCUAUUCGCGGGCAGAACAUCUCUAUCGGCACCAGCUGAACCACAACCCCAAGCAGAUCUAUCACUGCGACUUCCCUGACUGCCAUCGCUCGUUUGUCCGGCAGGAUCUCUGCGCUCGCCAUAAGGAAAGACACACAGCCCGCGGCUCGCAAGUGCUGCGAAGAGAGACCUUCGUGCACAACAUCAACCCAAUCGUGACAUCGGCCAUGGCUGCAAGAAAUGCCGCCGAAAGGCUUGGCAUGCCUCAACACUCCCCCACGGUCCAACCUCAGAUGGGGGGCAAAGCGUUCGUUAUACCACAAUCGCCGGCGUCCGGCGCUCUCAGCUCGGGAACCCUGGGCUCAGACAGCACGCCCCCGAUUGAUCAGACGUUACCCUCACCCACGGCUGGCGACUUGAAGUCAAGACACUCGUAUAGCGAGCAGCAAUAUGGAAGCAGCGCGAGGCUUUCUGUGCCAAGGAGCCCGUCGGGAUACGCUGCUCUGCAACGGCAUUCGAGUCUGGGCUCUCUGAGCAACGGAAGGUCGCAAACAUUCCCCUCCAGUGGAAAUGACUUUGUCCGGCCGUCACUGCCUAUGCAGGCAUCAGCAGGUACUGCCAGCGUGCAGGGCUUGCACAUAAAGACAUCAUACGGCACGGCAUCGGCAGGGCCCCCUCCGCCAUUCAGCUCCUCAACACCCACGCACACUCCUACCUACCCUCCGCCCUCUCCUGUAGCCUAUCACCCCCAACAGAACUUUCCGCCGUUCUCUACUCUUCCGCCUCCGGGCUGGAACACGAUGAGCCAAAUGCCGAGCCCUCGCAGUAAUAACAGAGACUAUACGAUACCCACAUCCAUAAGUAUAACCUCUAUGGGCAGUGCCGCACCCACUGACACUCGAAUGACUAAUGUGCCGGAUCCCAGCAUGCUGGGAGGCAUGACGCCGAAUGUUGCUAUGCCGAUGUUUGGCGCUGGAGCGGAAGGCUUUAGCCGGUCUCCGUUUGCUAUGGCAGACGACUUUACCGCGUGGUUGUUCAAUGACUCCAACUUCGGGCCUUCAGCGUCCCCUAUAGGACACCCCAGCGCCAACGGUAUGAACCUGAUGAACUCGCAGUCGCUCAGUAUGCAAGCGCCCUACUUCAACUAUGACCCUGCCGGGAGCGGGCACCUGCCUCAGACAGCGCCGGCCAAGCAAGUGAUGGCCGUUCACAGCAUCCUCGACAUUACAUUACCCGAAUCUGCGCUCUCCGAGGAGAAGAGGCAGCAGUUGUUAGAUCUGAUCACAGGCCGGUUUAACGACACAGACCACACAGUGACUUGCAAGCAAAAAGAGGAGCUACUAGACGGCGACAUGAACGACGAACACCACGUCCUCAGCCUCACCAUGAUGCAAACCUACAUCAGCUCCUACUGGGCGCACUUCCACGCCCAAGUCCCGAUCCUGCACCGCCCCACCUUCAACGCCACAACCUGUCCCCCGCUCCUGCUCCUCGCGCUCAUGGCGCUGGGUGCCUCUUGCCUCGAGAAAAGCUACGGGCUUGAGCUGACGGAAGCCGGCUCGCAGCUCUCCAAAUUCAUUGCCUGGCACCUGCGGUGGGAAAUCUUCAUGAACGCCGACUUCCGGCCGCCGGCAAAACUUUGGGUCUUCCAGGCACUGCUGCUGCUCGAGAUCUUCGAGAAGCUGUACUCAACCCGCCCGCUGCACGAGCGCGCGCACAUCCACCACGCUACCACCCUGACGCUCAUGCGGCGUGGGAGCUCGCUCAUCGGCCGCUCGUCGCUGGAUUCUCCGCCUGUCAAGGACUCCAAGGCCAGCAGCGCCAGCGGCAGCACGGCGGUCAACCACUCCGGCAUCAACACCCCCGACGAGUGGUGGAACCGCUGGAUCACGAAUGAGGCAACUCGCCGCGCCGCCUUCGCCGCUUUUGUCAUGGACUCCAUCCACGCGACCAUGUUUGGCCACUCCGCGGUGAUGGUCGCGCAUGAGAUGCGGCUCCCGCUCCCCUGCGACGAGGUCCUCUGGUCCGCGACCUCCUCUGCCGACGUCGCGCGCCUCGAGAGCGGUAUCCAAGCUGCCGGCGGGAGCGGCACCGGCAAUAAACCCAUCACGUUCCUUGACGGCCUGAAGAAAACGCUAAACGGUCAGCCUGUCCGCACGAAUCCCUUCGGACGCACGAUAUUAAUGGCGGGGCUCCUGAGCGUGAGCUGGCACAUGAACCAGCGCGAUCUCCAAGUCUCGUCGCUGGGUGUGAGCCAGGCGCUCGGGGGGCGAGAUCGGUGGCGCGGGAGUUUGACACGGGCGUUUGAUUUCUGGAAACGAGACUUUGACGAAAGUCUUGCGGCUAAGUCGCCCAUACAACCCCACAACAGCAGCGGCGGCGGCGGCGGCGGCGGCAGCAACGGCGAAAACAGCCCCUACGCCGGCACUAGCAGCAGCAACCCUGGCGUCCUCGACACCGAAAACACCUUCGAGUCCCGCACAGUCCUGCACCACCUCGCGCACAUGGCCAUGCACGUCGACAUCGUCGACUGUCAGAUCUUCGCCCGCGCACGCCGGCUGCUGGGCCGCAGCAUCACGGCGCAAGAUUACGCAGGGGCGGCGCGGCGUAUGAAGGAGGGUUGGGCGCCUACCGCCCGCGCUCGAGACGCGACGUUCUAUGCGCUGCGGUUCUUGAGACGGUGUCUUGUUCCCCAGGAUGAUCAUGACAUGCGGUCGCCUUCGCCGUCUGCUGCGGCGGAGAAGGGCAGAGUUACGGGAGGAGGAGGAGGAGGAGGAGGAGAGGUAAGCUUCAGCUACUCCGCCCGCGACGAUUUCCUGCUCAAUAGGCCCUGGGUCCUCUAUUUCGCGUGUCUGGUAGUAUGGUCCUAUGGCUACGCGCUCGAUGGGCCGUUGUCGCCGCCCUACAGCCUCCUUACUCACGACGAACGCGUGCAGGAUCUGCAGGGGUUCCUUAGACGGGUGGGAGGGGUCAGAACGCCUGAAGAGCUUAGUGGGGUUCAGAAUCGGAACGCGUGUCUGGGGCUGUUGGUGCUGAUGAAGGAGGUUUUUGAGGGCGCGAGGUGGGAGCUGCUGCAUGAGGCGGGGAGGCUGCUGGGGAACUGUGUUGAUAUGCUUGUGCCGGGAGGUGGGGCGGGAGUGUGA